GCCUAUAUCAAUAUGAAUGCAUUUAACCUCUUCUUCUCUAGCACGAGCGUUCUUGAUUAUCUUAAGCUUCUUGAAAUUUUGGGUUAUCAGAGAUAGUUUAGGCACACAAGUAUCGAUCUGUUUGUUCUACUAAGGUCUUUGAUAUUUUCUUGCAAGAUCUGAGUAGAGAAUUGUCUCUUUGAUCUGCUAAGAAACAGAGUGAUGACGUCAGGGACGAGAAUGCCGACGUGGAGGGAGAGGGAAAACAACAAGAGGAGAGAGAGACGGCGGAGAGCAAUCGCGGCGAAGAUCUUCACCGGGUUGAGAAUGUACGGGAACUACGAGCUUCCCAAGCAUUGUGACAACAACGAAGUGCUUAAAGCACUUUGCAAUGAGGCUGGUUGGAUCGUCGAACCAGAUGGCACUACUUACCGCAAGGGAUCUAGUAGGCCAAUAGAGCGUAUUGACAUAGGUGGUGGUUCAGCAACCGCGAGCCCUUGCUCCUCAUAUCAGCCAAGCCCUUGCGCUUCUUACAACCCUAGUCCAGGCUCCUCAAACUUCAUGAGCCCAUCUUCCUCUUCUUUCGCUAAUAUCACUUUUGGAGAUGGACAAUCACUCAUGCCAUGGCUAAAACACCUCUCAACAACAUCAUCCUCAUCAGCUUCACCAUCAUCAAGACUCCCUAAUUACCUCUACAUCCCUGGAGGCUCCAGAAGCGCUCCUGUUACCCCUCCUUUAAGCUCUCCCACAGCUCGUACUCCGACAAUGAACCCCUUCUUUGUCUCUUCAACACCACCCAGUCCCACGAGGCAGACCGUCCCUGACUCUGAAUGGUUCUCAGGGAUUCAACUCAGAAGCGUUCCCGCUUCUCCAACGUUCAGCCUCGUCUCACAAAACCCUUUUGGAGGUGGAUCAAGAAUGUGGACACCAGGUCAAAGCGGGACUUGUUCACCGGCUAUUACUCCUGGUACUGCUGAUCAGACAUCAGAUGUUCCAAUGUCUGAAGCUGUGGCUCCUCCAGAGUUUGCGUUUGGGAGUAACACAAACGGGCUAGUGAAAGCAUGGGAAGGUGAGAGGAUACACGAAGAGAGCGUCUCGGAUGACCUCGAGCUUACUCUUGGAAACUCAAGUACCAGGUAAGUGAAAAACCAGUCCAACCAAACCAUUCUCAAUAUGUGCCCUCAAUUUAUAUUUAAUUUAUUUCUCCAUAUGUAUAAGGCUCAAAGUGAAACACAGCUUUACAUAUUCAUUUAUUUGUUAAACUAAUGACCCUUGUGAUUGUUUCCUAUCACUGCCUUUUGUAACCCCCUUGUGUAUGAAAUAUCAUAACAACGAAAAGAAAUGAAAUGGCUAUAACUCAUAUAUGAACUACUAGGAAGAUAGCG